AUUAAUAUAAAAGCAUUGGAAUACUUAUAAUUUCUUCACUUAACUUUCGUAAAAGAAAAAAUCAUUGAAUUUAAAAACAAAAAAUGGUAAGAUACUCUAAUUUAAUAAAUAUUAGUUUUUCUGCGUUGUCCAUAGUGAGUCAGCGUCCGACUGACAAUCGAAAUGUGGGACAAUUCAUUAUUAUUUUGGUUAUCCUGGCAUCUUUAUUAAGUUUAUGUCUUACUGCUGUUUUAUUAUGGAAUCUUAAUGGUGAUGUUGAUUUGCUUGCAAGGACUGUUGAAGGCAUGACAACUUGGUGUCAGAUGUUUAUAAAAGUAAUACCUCUGUACAUACAAAGAGAUCGUUUCAUAGAUUUAUAUGAAGCUCAUUUGAAUUUUUGGAAUCCAGAUGAUUUCCCGAAAAGUCUUCAGAGAAAAAUUGAAUCAACUUAUAAACUUGUUUACAGAAUUCUUUUUACUUUUGCGGUGCUGGUUUACUGCACCUGUGUAUUAUUUUACUUACAACCAAUAUUUAAACCUAAUGAACUUUUAGUUGCCUGUUACGUCCCUGAUAUACCCUAUGCAUUCGAAAUCUUGCAAGUUUACGAAUACAUAUAUGGUUUUACGUUUGCUGCGUUUGUUGUUGGCAUAGACAGCCUUUAUGUUAUUUAUUGUACACAUUUGAUUGUGCAGAUAAAAAUCAUAAACUACUCUCUGGAACAUAUUGACGUUACUGAUGCCAACUUUAUGAAUGAUUUUAAAGUUUUGAUUGAGUAUCAUAACUUUUUAUUAAUGUACGCCUCAGAACUGCUUAGUUUCUGGAGUUUACCAUUAUUGGCACAAUAUGUUAUAUCGAUUUACAUGAGUUGCAUGGAAUUAUAUAUGUUGGUAGAAAAUUUGUCAAAUUUUGGAAGAGUAAUGUUGAGUGCUGUGUAUUGUUCGUCUCUGUAUGUACAAUUCGCAUUGUAUUGUUUCCCAGCAACAUAUUUUAUAGCUGAAGCUGAAAUUCUGCCGGUUUCUAUGUAUAACAGUAAUUGGUAUGAAGGAACUAUUUCAAUACAGAAAAAUGUGUGUUUUGUUAUCAUGAGAGCUCAAAAGUCAUUUCGUUUUUACGCUGCAGGACUUGCUGAAAUAAACUGUCAAGCAUUUGUCGCGGUUUUAAAAACUUCUUUGACUAUUUUUACUAUAAUGCGGCAAUUUAAAGAAGAAUUAACAACUGAUACCAAAGAACUUCAUUUACGCACCUAAAAUAUAAUUUAUUUGUGUUUAUUGCACUAAUAUUUAAAAAAUUAUGCAUAGUUUAGAAUGUUUCCUAGUAUUUGUAACUUUAAAUCGUACGAAAGCUUACAAAAGCAUAUUGCAGUUGUUCUUCAUUUUAUAUUUAAAUUUGAAUUUGACAUAGGCAACUUUAUAUACAUCAUAGCUAUAUGAAAGUUUCAUAGUUGUUUUACUUUGAUAUCACUUUGUAGCUAUUUUCUUCUAUCUAGAGUGUUUGUAAUUAAAAGAAUAGGUCUCAAAUUUUUAAUUUAAUUAAUUUAUUUUUUAAAUUUAUUUUUAUUUUGAUCUAACAUCACAAUGUAGAUAUAAUGAUAAAAUUUGCUAUGUAUUUUAAACUGGUGCAUACAUUUACUUGUUUUAAUUGUUUGUUUUCCUGUACUUUUAGGUUGUUUGAUGGUAAAUGGCUGUGUGCAUAAAUAAAUAAACAUAGAAAUU